CAUCUCGCAUCCAACUCGCAUCGACUCAACUUGAAUCAAGUUCUCGUAAAGAUCCUAGUAUUUGAAUGCAGUGGUCCCAUCUUACGGCAGGUCGCUAGAUCACGUGCAUAGCAUGGUGCAUCUACAUAUGUAUAGUGAUCUAUAAGGCCAUGGGAGCAUAUGGACCCCAAAGAUGUGCAUAGGGGAUUCUUAGCAUGGGCCAUAGGGGCCUCUCGCAGUCGUCUGACGCGUGCAUCGUAGAAGCAGUGAAGCCAGCCAAUGAGAACCCCAAAACAAAUUUCAAAUACAAAAUGAAGCUGGAGACCGGUGGCGAGUAGUGGCGUAGUAAGAUCGUGUGAGAUAAGUGACCGUUGCAAACGUCCGUUGACUACACCAAAUCAUUCAAGUUGGUUGAUUGAAUCAUGAGCGUAUGUUGAGAAAUAUUCUUCGUGUACUCAAAAUGAGUAAUACUCUUUAAGCCACUAGUUUGCUUUUCCCGUAAUUAAUGUUCGGAUACGCAUCAGCUGGCGAAUACAAAGUACAACACGACUCCAUCAUCACAAAAAAGCGGGACAAUGAUGCCGACGACCGUAAAACUAAGCAAAACAGCCUAAUACCGGGUCACUGAAUUUGAAGACUUCCAGACAGUGCUGUUGAGGGGAAGAUGGAAGGAUCCACGGAACCCAUAGCCGUGCGUAUCGCACGUAUGAACAACCUUAUACUGGGAAAGACAUCUAGCCAGUCUACUCAGUCCAAUGUUGGGAAGUUCUUGGCUAGAGAAGGACUAUUGGAUGCGUUCACACUUCUGUAUGACGAAUGCAACAAUGAGACCUUACGUAGAGACAAAAACGUUUCUAGGUUUCUGGCUAAGUUUCGAGAUAUGAUGGCUGAUACACAACGUCUCAGAGUAAACUUGUCCGACUUUGAAGUGAAAAAACUUAUUGGGCGGGGUCAUUUUGGAGAGGUUCAGUUGGUCAAGGAAAAACAAACUGGUGAUGUUUAUGCCAUGAAAACGUUGAAAAAAUCUGAAGCGUUGAAGCAGGAGUCUGUUGCUUUAUAUGAAGAAGAGCGAGAUAUUAUGGCAGAGGCCACUUCACCGUGGCUUACAAAAUUACAGUAUGCAUUUCAGGACAACUCCAUGUUAUACCUAGUCAUGGAGUUUCAUCCUGGUGGAGAUUUAGCUGCUCUGCUAGACCGGCACGAUGGUCUGAUCGGAGAAGACCUGGCAAAAUUUUAUCUAGCUGAAUUAACUCUGGCUAUACAUGCAUUACAUUCCAUGAACUAUGCUCACAGAGACAUCAAGCCAGAUAAUGUGCUCCUCGAUAGACUUGGGCAUGUCAAAUUAGCAGAUUUUGGCUCUGCUGCCAAACUUGGGCCAGGUGGUUUGAUAUCCAGUCAUAUGCCAGUGGGUACCCCUGAAUAUAUCGCACCAGAAGUUCUGAGAUCUAUGGAAGGAACGUCAAAAAACAAAAGGCCAAGUGCAUAUGGUAAGGAAUGUGACUACUGGUCCUUGGGUAUAGUGGCCUAUGAGAUGGUAUACGGAAAAACUCCGUUUGCUGGCGAUCAACUGUUAGAGACUUAUUGCAACAUAAUGAAUCACAAAAAAAACUUGAAAUUCCUUGAACAAGGAUCUAUCAAUUUUCGAAAUUGUGUUCGUGGUUUGCUUGAAGAUGCAAAUGCAAGAAUAACACAUGAGCAAAUAAUACAGCAUUCCUUCUUUGCCAGUGUUGAUUGGAGUAAUUUGAGGCUCAAAGUACCACCAAUUGUACCUUUAGUCAAUGGAGUGGAUGACACUUCAAAUUUCAUAGUGGUUUCAUCUGAAAUUGCCCACCUGUCGAGUUCAGACUCAUUCCCUGCUAAUACCAAAGGAUUCACAGGUAGAAACUUACCAUUUGUUGGCUUCACUUAUGCCAAGCAAUUUUCGAACCAAAUGCAACGAACGUCGAAUGAAAAGUCAGAAUUAGUUACACAACUAGAGAAUAAAAGAAGGGAACUUCAAGAUUAUCAGAAAAAAUUACUCAGCAUAGAAGAUAAAGCAACCACUAACACCAUACAAUGUUCAAGUCUCGAACUUCGGUUGGAAGAAAAAUCCAAGAGAUUGGAGGCAUCAAACAGGGAAAGGGAUAAACUUGAAAGAGAAUUGACCAAGGCAAGGUCAGAUAUAGCUGGAAUGAAACGGACAUUAGAUUUAGAAAGACAGGAGAGAAGGGAUUUGGAAACAAGGGCAUUGGAUUUGAUAAAGGGUGCAAAACGUAAAUGGGAGACUGCUGAAAAGGACAAAGUAGCACAACUCAACAAACACAUUGAAGCACAAACCAUGAGGAUAACAGAAUUAUGUACCUACAACAAUGAAAUGACAUCACGAUUACAAAGAGCCGAGUGUGAACUUAAAACAGCCAAUGCAGAACUGGAAAAGUUAAGAGCUUUCCAGAUACAGUACAAAGAGUCAUUGGCUAAGACACGGGAGUUGAGUCGACAAAGUGUAGCCGGUGUGGAAAGUAAAUUGGAAGAAAUGGCAUCUCGUGCCCAUAAUCAAUUGGCUGACAUUCGAGCCAAGUUAGAGAUAGAAAUGGCGAAAAAUGCAGAUUUAGAAACUCAGCUACGUAAUGAACAAGAUUCGAAUCACUGCCGCCAAUCGAGAUUGAAUGUUGCUCUGGAAUUGAGUCAAAGCGAAUUGAAAGAUUGUCAAGAACAAUUACGUAGUGUACAAGCCAGUAUUCCAGCAAGGGAUGCAGAGAUUGAGGCUUUGAGGAACCAACUCAAAGAACGAACAGAGCAGUUAGAUGGCAUUGCAGCUAGCAAUCAAAGAACAGCAACCUUACAAGAGAAUUUAGAGCGUUUGAAGCUUGAAAAUAGACAUUUAAAACAACAACUCGAGCUCGCAAAAUCGGAUUUGAGUGACACAGUGGUGAAUUUGGAAGAAACUCAAUCAUUAGCUCAAGAUUUGGAGCGUGUAUCACAAGAUAAGGCUGCUCUACAGCGCAGACUCCAAGAUACUCUUGAAAAAGAAGAAGAAUACUUGCAAAAAGUAGGAAAUUUGGAAGAGCUCCUGCGCCGUUUUGAACACAGCGUCACCAAGCUUGAAGCUGAGAAUGUCAGCCUCAAACAAUCGGAUCAUCAGAUGGCAGGAACUAGCAGCAUUUCUCUCGUGGAAUCUGAACAGAAAAAUGCAUUUCUUGAACAACAAUUGCAGCGAGUUGAACAACAAUUACAAACUGCUAGAGAAAAUGCAGCUGCAGAACGCCAAGCAGCUAAGCAAGCUCAGUCUACUUUGUGGAAAAAAGAAAAAGAAUUGUCCGAUGCUAAUUUGGACAAGCGUAUUGCAUCUCGUGAAGCAAAGACAGCUGAGGAAAAAAUCAAGGUCUUGACCGAUGAAAAGCAAAAAAUAUCUGAUAAACUCAGUGCUAGGAUUGCAGAUGAGGAAUCAAGAUCCAAGAAACUGUUGAAAGAGUUGGAGGGUGCAAGGCACUCGCUUGCAGAAGCCACCAAAGAAGCGUCACGUAAUAAACUCCAUGCAGAUUCGGCUCAAAGGGCCUUGACUCAGGCAAACAAGCAAAUGGAAGAAUUACAAAGUUCGAGCUCCUCACUUCGCAGAGAGUUAGAUGCGACCCGUAAGCAAAUGAGAACAAAUCAAGAUCGUGUCGAUACUCUGAAUUCUGAAAAUAAGCGUCUAACGGUCACCAUUACAAAACUCAAUGAAGAAAAGAUCCAUUUAGAAUCCCAGUUGGAAAAAUUACAGCAAGAAGGAAACAGCUAUCAAUUAAACUUCGACCUUUUGAAAGAGACCUGUACUGUAUUGGAAGAACAAUUGACUGAUUAUGAAAGAUUAACCAGCGACCACGAGACUCGUGAAAAUAUGUUGAUUCAAGACAAAAUGAAGCUCCAACGAGAUCUGGAAGUUGCGGAAUUGAAGAUACGCGAUGCUCGGGCUGCACAAGACAGAGAAAAAACCUUGAGAGUCGUUGCAGAACGAACUGUGGAGCGAUUAGAAUCGGAAAGUAGCGAUAUCGAGGACGAAAUAAACGGUCUGGCUGCACAAAGGGACCAAUACAAGAAACUUGCUCAAGACUUGAGUAGUCAGGUAGCCGAUUUAUCGAGCAAAUGCGGAGAAUUGGAGUGUGACCUCUCAAACACGAAACGUGCUCUGGAAGUAACGAGAGGAGAGGCCAUAAAAGUUAAGGAGGAAAGUACGGAGCAUUUGACUAGAUUGCACCAGUUGAAAGAAGCCAAUUUUGGCCUCAUGGCUGAUUUACAAGCAAGUGUUGAUCAGGGCCAAGAACUGAGAUCUAGAAUUGCAGAGUUAGAAGGUGUUCUGGAAGAGAUGAGGCAAUUCUAUCAAGAGAGAGAAAUCAAGGCUGAAGGUACAAGACAACAGCAGACAAAGCUCAUUGAUUACCUGCAAUUGAAACUCGAAGAAACAAACAAAAAAAAGAAAACUGUCUGUGACAAAAUAUUUGGCACAAAACAAAAAGAAAACUUGCCACCUAGCGGGGCUGGUAUGCCAGUAGGUUAUCGUGAGCUUGAAAAUCAACUGGCUAGAGAGCGAGCUAAAGUAAAAGCAUUGACUGACCAGUUGUUGACCCUCCGAGCUGCUCAGGCUUCCACACCAAAUUCCGCCAGCCCACCCUCCCCAAAAAUGAAAAAAAACCCUAAACAAUUAGCAGAAUCUCCAUGUAAUACUUUGGCCCGAAAAACAUCUCUACAGAAAAUGUGGGGCAAUACGCCACAUAAGUUUGACAUUAAAUUAGCUAUGCGAACUGGAAAGUGUGCAGCUUGCCUGGAAUCUGUUCACUUUGGAAAGAAUGCAGCAAUUUGUAGUGAGUGCCAGAUUAUGGCUCACCCCAAAUGCUCUUUGAUUGUACCAACAACGUGUGGCGUUCUAGGAGAAAUCACAAGGCAUUUUAAUAAAACAUGGAAAGCUAGCGAAGAGAAUCUCUCUAGCUGUGCUGACAGUAUUCAAACCUUGGGAAUUGAUCAACCAGACAACCCCAAAGCGACAGAAUUUAUGAAUCAAAAGUUGCUGGAUUUGAAUUGUAUAGUGGAAUUAGACCAGGAAAGAGUUCUCUUGUUAGGAGCAGAAGAAGGCCUUUUCUCAUAUCGACUCACCCAAUCACAAGAAGUUAACGGACUUCAAGGAGUUUCCAGAGUUUAUCAAUUGCCCCUGCUACCACAUCAAUCAGAAGGAGGUCCCUUCUCCUUUUUCAGUGUCGGAUUACAAGGUCUCACACGAAUCCAAGGCGUUGUCAGAGUUCACCAACUAUCUCUACACCAACACCUAGGAUUAGCAUUGAUGAUAGCAGGCGAAGACAGACAGCUUGUUGCUUGUGAGCUCAGGCAAUUGAAAAGCAAUGCCUUAGCAGCGGAGUGUUCACGACCAGCUAUCAGCAUUACACCAAUUCUGACUGAUAGCGACAGUUGCCACUUGUAUCAAUUAAGAGGAACUUUAUUGUGCGCAGCAACUGCAUCUCAUGUUGUCCUAUUGAAGUGGACUGUCCAAGAAGAUGGUGGCAAUUUCGUCGUACUUCGUGAAUUCGCAACUACGGAACCAUGUAGUUGUGCUCUCUUUACAAGGAAUCUACUGAUCGUUGGCUGUAAUAAUUUCUUCCAAAUUGAUCUUGAUGAUUAUAAUAUUAAUGAAUUUCCUGACCAAGUUGAUUCUUCAUUGAGAGCAGCAUUGCAAAGUGCAGCCCGGGUUGGCAGUUUUCCAGUCGCUGUUCUGGAUGUCUCUUCCACUUCACAAUCGGUUGAGCUUUUAUUGUGUUACAACGAAUUUGGCGUUUUCGUAGAUGAAAGAGGCCGGCGAACACGAACUAUAGAUCCAACGUGGAGUCAUUUACCUUUUGGCUUUGCAUACCGAAAGCCCUACCUAUUCAUCAUCCAUUUUUCAUCCGUGGAAAUCGUCAAAUUAACUGGAGAAUCAUAUAGAUCGUCCACAAAAAAGUCUGAGCCAACUUUGGUGGAAUUUAAUAAUCCUCGGUACUUGGGGCCAGCUGGUGCUACGGGUAUAUAUAUCGCUGCGAUAAAUUCAGCUCUGGAAAUUCUUAAGAUUGAUGGAGCAGCCACCCAGUCUGGUCGCACCAAUAGCCUGACUAGCUUGGACACAUUGCAGCAAGAUGAUGAAAGCAGUUCAGAAUUCAGCUUUACUUCUAGUCUAAUGGAGGCACUAGAUGGUCAGGGUAAAAGAGUACAUUUCUCCAACCAAUCGAAUCAUUAGAAGACCCCGUUUGCAUCUCAUCGAAAGUAAGAUCUCUGUGCAUUCAGUAGAAUGUGUUGAGUUUUCCAUCAUUUUAUCGGAAACCGAUAGUAUAAAUAGUAAUGGAAAUAUGCAGUUGAAACAGUCCCCAAAUAUAUCGUACUUAAAGCAUGAGUAACCCAUGCCAGCCGAACUAUUCUGAUAGCCAACUCAAAAUACUUAUCUACCGUUUAUUUUUUACCAGUCAAUGCAUUAGUCUGGUUUUCACUUGAUGUAGAUGUUGAGUCUUCAUAGGCCUAGAUUGAGCAACAACUAUUUGAGUACAAAUAACUUAAUCUGUAUAGUGUCUACAGACUUGAGUAAUAUUUCUCUUCAAAGUUAGACGUUUAAUAAUUUAAUGUAUUACUUUUGAUGGAUAGGCAUAAUUGAUUAUCAAUACUGUGACAAUAAUAUAAUAAUAUAUUUUCUAUUUUCGUAUCAGUAGUACGCUAUUGUGUAACUUUUCAAUGACCCGAUAAGGAGUGUUGCUUUAAUAAAUAUGGAUUUACUUGUA